AUGUCCGAUCUACCGGAGGAGCGUGUUACACAGGCUGCUCCUUUCCACUACACAGGCAUGGAUGUGUUCGGUCCGUUUUACGUUAAAGAAGGACGCAAGACACUAAUGCGUUAUGGCUUGAUCUUCACGUGUCUGGCGUCACGCGCUGUUCAUCUUGAGACUCUCAAUACAAUGGAAACAGAUUCUUUCAUUAGUGCCUUACACCGUUUUAUCAACAGACAAGGAAAGGUACGCGAACUACGUUCGGACCAAGUGACAAAUUUCGUUGGAGCUAGGAAUGAACUCACCGAUGCCUUACAAGAACUCAACCGCGAUCGUGUUAAGGGGUUCCUCUUAACAAAAGAAUGUGAUUGGAUCGACUUUAACCUGAACGUACCCGCGGCAUCUCAUAUGGGAGGCUCUUGGGAGAGACUCAUCAGAACAGUCAGAUCAGUUCUUUCAGUUUUGCUCCAAGAGCAUGGAAGUCAGUUAGAUGAUGAAGCAUUACGCACUUUAAUGACAGAAGCAGAAAAUGUGAUUAACAGCCGCCCACUCACUGUUGAAAACCUAUCUGACCACGAGUCUCCGGAACCCUUAACUCCUAAUCAUCUACUAACUUCAAAGACAGAGGUUGUGCUGCCCCCACCUGGUUGUUUUGAACGGUUGGACUUAUACUCAAGAAAGAGGUGGCGCCGUGUACAGUUCUUGGCCAAUCAGUUUUGGAUAAGGUGGCGCUCAGAAUAUUCCUCACAGUUUCAGCAGAGACGAAGAUGGAAUACACCCCAACGGGACAGUAGAGUAGGAGAUAUAGUCCUACUUCAGGACGACGACUUGCCAAGAAACCAGUGGCCGCUUACACGUGUGACCAAGGUCUUCCCUAGCAAAGACGGUCGUAUUCGCAAGGUCCAACUCCUAUUAACACGAGAAGGAAGACGGAAGUUUUUAGAACGACCAAUCCACAAAACGAUUUUGUUACUUGCUCAAGAGGCCGCAGACCAGGGUGUCAUCCCCGCCCGAGGAGCCAGUAUCAAGGACAAUUAG